AGAGAUUUCUUUCAAAUUUGUAUUUUAACAAAUGAGUAUUUAUGGAAAUUCGUAAAUUUGCUACUUUUUUGAAAUUCUUGAUCGCGAAAUAAGCAGCAAUAGGUGCAAAAUAGUAGUUUUAUCCAAUAGAUCAUUAGUCUAAUCAGCGAAACUAAAAUCCAGCCAGCAUUUUGUAACGCUCAGAGAUUUACGCGCUUAGCAGAAGUUUAUCCCUAGAAUGAAGAAGCAGAGUAGCUUCAAGAUUUUACCAUACGCUGGCUACAGUCAGGACAUGGCACAGAUGCCAGCAGCUCCAGCUACUGAGCUGGCGUACAUGGCCCAACCGGCGGCGGCGGCAGCGGCGGCAGCACAGACAGCACCACAGACUCUGCCUCUGGCUUCAGCCGCAAUUGCAGUGGAGCAAUCAUCUAGCGGCGAGCCGCUCUAUGGACCGGCCAUACCCAAUCGCAUCUUUGUGGGCGGCAUUAGCCGCGACACCACCGAAACGGAUCUAUUCAUAGCAUUUAGCGUCUAUGGAACUGUGCGCAACGCCAAAAUCAUUUGCGACCGCGAUGGCUAUAAUAAGGGCUAUGGCUUUGUCACCUUCGACACGGAUGAGGAGGCCAAGUCGCUGCAGGUGCUGCCACGUUGCGUCAUCUUGCGCAAUCAUCGUCUCAAUAUUGCGCCAGCAUUCAAGAAGCAGAACGUUCAACGUUAUAAGCCCCAGGCGCUUGUCGAGCGCAAUAAUCACAUCUAUUAUGGCGCCCAGCAGCCAGCGAUGAUGCCCAACAUGGGCGCCCAGAAUUAUUUACAGCCCAUGCUGUCGGCCGGCAUAUCGCCAAUCUAUGCCCAGGCCUAUCCAGCGGCCACGGCCAUGCAGUAUCCUUCGAUCUAUCAGUGCUACAAUAUGAACAUGCCCAAUUACAAUUACAACAACUAUUACAAUGAAUCGAAUCGCCAGCAAGCAAUGACAGCGACAUCUAGCGGCGUCAAUUGGGAAUAUGAUGUUGCUGGUGCUGGCAAUAAUGUUAUACAUUUCUAGACACCUUAUCCAGACGACAGUAUCAUAAACCAUAGCAAACAUUUCAUAUUAUAAAUCAAGUUCAAGCUCCCAGCCCAAUAAGAACACGCACAUGGACAAUAGUUAAGGGACAAGCAUAUAAUAAUUCUAUACUCAAAAUUUCACGUACAACAGGCAACAAAAUUUCACAUAAUACAAAAUGUUAAAUUGUCCCCAUCAUCAUCAUCAUAUACAUAGAUGUACCCAAACGU